GCACAGAAAUAGCUUCCCGGGUGUCGCUGCGAUGCCAGUAGACUCGCCACCGCCGCUCCCGGCUCCCGGCGCGCUCACGAAACUCUUUACUGUGAUUUAUUAAUUGUUUUAACAUCAAUCCAAUGCUUCAAGUGUCGCCAGUGAUAUAACCUCAAAGUGAUAACAAUAAUAAAGAGUAAAAAAUAUGACAACCAGAUACAAUGUGAUUGGAACAAAACCAAACUGAUUGUGAACCUUACGUGUGUGGUUUAAGGGUGGUUAUCCCUUUACGAUUUGAGAACAAUCGAGGAAUGAUUGUUUUAAAAUAGUCGAGUGGCCAAUGAUCUAGAAUCCAUAUUCUAGAUAUAAAGAUGAAUAACGGCACAAGACGCGCCUUAACUGGCUCAAUACACAAAAUAAGAGAAUUUGAAUUGGAAAAAGUAUGUUUGGUCGAAGAAUUCGACAUACUACAAAUAGUCGGCGAAGGCUGGUUCGGGAAAAUACUUCUUGUGGAACAUAGAGCUUCUGAUACAGAGAUAGUUCUGAAAGCUUUACCAAAACCUUACGUAUCUAUUAGAGAUUUCUACAGAGAAUUCCAUUAUGGUCUACAUUUGAGUGCACACAAAAACAUUGUUACAACAUUCGACGUAGCGUUCGAAACGGCUGGCUUUUACGUAUUCUGUCAAGAAUACGCACCUCUAGGGGACUUAACAUCGAAUAUGCUUGAUACUGGAAUCGGAGAAAUUCACACGAAACGAGUAGCAAAGCAAUUAGCAGCUGCACUUGAACAUCUACACCAAAGGGACCUUGUACAUAGAGAUGUAAAACUAGAUAACAUUCUAAUAUUCAAAUCGGAUUUUUCACGUAUAAAGCUAUGCGACUUUGGUGAAACGAGAAAAGUUCAAGCUGUUGUAAGAAGAAGAAAUGAAUGGCUACCGUAUUCACCGCCCGAAGUAUUAAAACUGUCGAUGGAUAGCAGCUACAAAGCACUAAUUAGUCAUGAUAUUUGGCAGUUCGGUAUAGUUAUCUUUAUUUGUCUCACAGGAUGCUUGCCUUGGCAGAAAGCAGCAUUCGACGAUCCUAGAUAUGUAAGUUAUUUGAAUUGGUACAGCAGUGCAAAUCCUCUUAAGAAGCAGCCGAAGCUAUGGAAAAUGGUUUCAUCAAGAGCUCAAAAAAUGUUCAAAAAGUUUAUUGAACCAAAGGAAGAGAAAAGAGCUACUAGCUUCGUGGAACUAUCGAGAUAUUUGGAUGACCGAUGGAUGGCUAAAGGAUACACCGACAGAGUGGCUGGCGGGGAUAUCGACGAACUAUGUCCAUCAAUGUACAGUUACCAUAGUGAUCCCAAUGAAAAGAAUAUUCUUUUGAGGCACUUCAGGGAUAAUGGCGUCGAAGUCAUUGUUGACAGACAAGCGAAGAAACAGAGAAUACGUGAAUGGAUACAAAAUAGCGUGAUCGAAGAAGCAGACGAAGAGGAAGAAAGUAACUACGAACCUAGUAUUAUGGAAGAAAGCGACGGAGAGCUAGAAGACAGGUCACGGCCACAUCCCAUCGAUGAAAGCCAUCGGGUAACUCUCCGUUUUGACACCGAGAAGCAUAUCAAUCCAAGAACUGGUGAAGUUAUCGAAGGCGUCAAACAUACUGAAAAAAAUCCUCUAUCGUAUGACGUACAAAACAUCGAACCCGUUGCCCCGAGUAAUGUAGCCAGACGGUAUGGGUUAAAAGAAGACACCUCAAUUCACAGCUCUACCAAAGACAGUGCGUACGGCUCCUUAGACGUUCAUUCACAACAGAAAAGUACUUCAAACAGACUUGAGGGAAAACAAGUAUCUGUAGAAAGAGCAAGCGAUGUCUCCCCGAGUAGAUCUUUAGCCGGAUCAUCGAUUCACCAAACUGUAACCCCCUUGUCCUCACACGUUCAAAGAUUUCAAAGAACUGAAGAAGUAUUUACCAAAGAGCUAGAAAAUCAAAGAGGGAGUACUUCAACACUUCAUUCUAUGGGCAAUUCGUCCAGAUCCAAUAGUCUACGCGUAACCAGAAAUAGCUCUUUAGACAGUGCAUCAAACGUUGCGAACGACUCGCCCUUGGAAAAUGAUGUAUCUGGAGCAACAUCGAGACCAAAUAAUCCGGUUAUAACCCAAAAUGGGUUUAGUCCGGGUUCUAAACAGAAUCCAUCCACAACCCAGCCGUACGUUUCCAUGAAGAAUACGGUUUACGAAACCGUCGCCACUCGCAUGGACCUUAAUCAACACAAAGAAGAAAACAAUUUAAAGAAUUCUCCGGACAGUCCGUACACGUCAAUGAUGAAUAUUGUCCAGGGUCAAAUAAAAAUUAGUCCACUCGCAAACGAAACUGACAAGAAUAUAGUAAAUGUGUCAGUGACAUCUGUCAACCGUAAAAAAGUGCAAUAAAUAAUUGCUCUUGCUCAAUUUGGUUAAUGAUUCCAAAAUAAAAGGAAAGAUGAUAAAAGUAAAUUGGCACAUAUAUUUUUACACAGAAAUUUUCCGGUAAUAUAUGUUUUAUUUUAAAUUUUUGUAUUGACAUGAAUAAUGAAGUUAUCCACCCUGAUAAAGACAAAAUAUUUAAUACAAACAUUUAUUUAUUGUUUAAAACAAAGCCAAAGGAAAAUUAAUGUAUAUCGUUAACAUAUUCUUAAAGACUUGUUUAAGAGAAAAAAGUCACGCUAUAUUUUAAAGUUCUGGUAAUAAGUCCCCAACUACACGAUAUCUUCAAUAUUAUUUAUAUUAUCAUUUUUGUUUGUAUCUUUUUUAUAUUAAGUGUUAUUUAUUUAAUCCUUACGGUUAAUUUUAAUUUACGUGUUAUAUUCCAAAUAUUUAUAUUAUUUACAAAUGAAAAUUAUUUUAAAUAUAUUCUUAAAUACUUUAAGUAGAUAGUUCAUUUCAAUAAAUAUAUUUCUUUUGUUUAUCUUAUUUUAGUUAAUCGUAUUACUUCGCUUACUGUCUAAGUAGUUUACACACUUCUAUUUACAAACUUGUAUGUUUGUUUAAAUAAAUUGGGGUCUUCAGAAAUGCCGCCGUCUCGUAGUAUAUUCAAGUUCUCGAUGUUUAAGGUUAAAAAGAAAAAGUUUAUUUAAUCUUGAGUAAGAAUUUUUUGUACCCACAGGCGUGGUCAUGGCCAAUUUAUAUAUUUAUAUUUUUGUUUGCUUUAUUUCAAAAGACCUUCCUCCAUUAAUAAUGAACCUUUUCAAUUUCGAUGUUUAAUUUUUAUCCUUAAAAGUACUUUUAUUUUAAUAGUUCGUAUGUUAAUAAAUAAAAAUACUUACAUUUCA